GCCCAUUAAUAGUUUGAUGAAGGCCGAUGCUAUCUGAUGGACCCGAACGAACCCCACAGCUAUAAAUGUGGAGGCGUUCCUGCCGCGGCUUCCCUUGAUCCAUUCCAAAACCCUAUCUCGAGCCCUCGUUUCUGUAAAAGCUCAUUAAUAGUUUGAUGAAGGCCGAUGCUAUCUGAUGGACCCGAACGAACCCCACAGCUAUAAAUGUGGAGGCGUUCCUGCCGCGGCUUCCCUCGAUCCGUUCCAAAACCCUAUCUCGAGCCCUCGCUCUUCCUCCUCAAAUCCUGAUCCUACAUUGCUUUACUUCCCUUUUCCUUCGGCAACUCGAUCGAUCCGGCCGUCGGAGCUCUCUCCAAUGGCGGAUCACGAAAUGGAGGUGGAGGCCGCUCAGGUGGUUGCAGAAGCAACAGAAGACGAAGCAGAGGCACUGGAGGCAACGGAAGCACCGACGGACGACGAUUCCCCUUUCGCUCCCAAUGAGACCACGACCGCGACAGCCGCCUCCGGAGACCACAAGCGGAAGCUCGAGGAUCUCGAGCCCCGCGACGAGGCCGUUGGGAGCGCACGCGUUAGGGAGCGUGCUUUUUCAGGGGCGGAGCCGAUGAGAUCGGCUCGGUCUGCAUCGAUGCGGGACCUCUGUCGAACCCGAGCGCAUACCAAGAAUGAGCCCUUUCAGGCUCUGUUUAUGAGAGAUUUACCCGACGGAGAAGUGGAUGCCCCCCUCGAGCCGCGCUGGUCGGGGCUAACUGUUGGGAGCCGAGUCUGGACAGAUGGCUCUUCCGCUGCGACGUUCGUCCGAGGUGGACUUGUCCCGACGAUCGCGAAACAAUUGUCUAGUUUAUCGUCAGAGGUGCUGAUAGAAAAGUCCGCCAAGUCUUUAGUCUGGAAUCAGCACUACCAUAUGGCGCUGAUAGAUCGGGUCCAUGAUGCGGGUCGGGUGAUCAGUUGCAUGGGAGACGAGAUCAUCGAGCUUCGCAACCAAAUAGAGGAGCUGAAGGUUGGACUCGCGGCUGAACAGCGAGCAGUCGAUCUAGAAGGGGAGGUUGCUCAACUGAAGUUGGAGCUCGGGGGUGCUAAGCGGCAGCAUGGUGAGCUUCGGGAAAAGCUCGGAGGGGUCGAGCAGAAGCUUGCGGAGACUCUGUGUAUGCUGAAGGAAUCCCGCUGGAGGGUCCGCUCGAUGGAGGGCAAGCUGCUAUAUAUAUCACGAAACCUAGAGGCAGCACAAGUGAAGGCAAAGAAAGCCGAGGAAGCCCUUGCUGAGGAAACCCGAGCGGCUCUUAAAAAAGACAAGAAAGCUAUAGCAGAGUACAAGGAGUCGCGCGGCUUCCAACUCGGGUUGCAGAGGACGGGGCAGGUCACUUAUGAGUACGGAUAUCGGGUUGCUCUGGCUAGGUUUCGUGCUCGGUAUCCUGAUCUAGAAAUCGAGGAAGACCCCUUCGUCAACCUUCCCGAGGACGAUAACGUGCAGAUGCCAAACGAAGUCCCAUUUGAUGAUAGCGUGGACCUCCCCGAGGCUUAGGAUUUCCUUCGGGAUGUAUUUUGUUUUUUUGUUUUUUUGAUGAUCGAUUGAGUGCUGUUUUAUUUUGUACGCUACGAUCGAUCGAGUCGUGAAAUCUUUUUUCCUUAUAAAUGAAACUUUUCUUUAAACCGAUGGCUUGUACAA